AUGAGUGAUCAAGAAGUUGAAGCUGAUGAAUAUCAAGCAGUCACAUCGGUACUAUCGUCUUUCUACAAUUUCCACACUUUUGAAACAAACCAAUUGAUAAAUUCACGAAUUCAGCGAUUUGCAACUUUAUCAAUCCAAGAUCAACAAUUGAUACCGUGGUUUGAACAACAUACACAAUUCCUACAACAAUGCAUUGACAUCAAUCGUGACUUUUGUCAGACUUUGGCUGAAAAGAUCGGACAAGAUUGGGGGAUCAAAGUACUGCCAUCAGAUUGGGUUGAGGCCUCACACAAACAGUUUCAACAAACUGAACAAACAAUGGUGAAAUUGAUGAGGGAUUGGAGCGAUCAAGGCGGAGAGGAGAGACCAAUUGGACAGCGGUUAAUUAUUGCUGAAUUGUGCAAACUAUAUCAAAAUGAGCUCGAGCGGUCCAAAACAAAGAUCUUGGUGCCAGGUUGUGGGAGUGGUCGGUUGGUAUUUGAGUUGGUAAUGCACGGAUUCUGGACCCAAGGGAAUGAUUCCAGCUAUCACGCGUUAUUCGCCUCCGGCUUUAUUCUUAAUCAUUGUCAAUUCCCUCAUAAUUAUUCCAUUUUCCCAUUCUUGGCUCUGUCAGCCACAAGUUCAUCAAAGCGACAAAACCAGAUUCGACCGGUUACUGUGCCUGAUGUGUCACCAACUGCGCACAUUAUAAGUGCUAUGGGAAGGGAACAGGAAAAGGAGGCGUCUUUGAGGAUCCACUAUGACGAAUUGAUGUCAAUCACUGCGGGGUCAUUUAUUGAGUUAUAUGGUGUGGGACCAAGUGAUGUCAACUUCGCAUCACAGAAACUAAGGUCACAAUCACAGGGUGAGUUUGGUGUUGUGGUGACGGAGUUUUCCUUGGAUGCGGCAUCUGGUAACGUUAUCGACUACAUACGAACAAUUAACAACGUGUUGAAACAGGGUGGCAAAUGGAUUAAUUUCGGCCCUUUACUGUUGCAAAACGGACCUAGUGAUGGAUUGAACUUGACACGAGACGACUUGUUUGAGUUGGUUACGAAAUUGGGAUUUGAAUUUACUGUAAAAGAGUCAGGUAUUGAAAGUACUUACUGUGGAGAUAUCAAGUUGUUGCAAUCAACAGUAUACAAGUGUGAUUUCUGGGUUUGUACAAAGAUAGAUAACCUAUAA